UAUCGAUAUGCGCUCGCGCUCGCUUACUCUUUCUGCUCGAACAGAACAUCAUAAAUGCCGGUCGAACAAACGAACGAUAGAGUAGUUCUGAAGCACCCUAAGGGUGCUAGCGUCGAGAUUCUGCUGUACGGUGCAUCCGUUAUCUCAUACAAGGUCGGCGGCGAGGAGCGUUUGUUCCUUUCAGCCAAGGCUGCUCUCGAUGGGUCCAAAGCUGUUCGUGGUGGGAUACCUGUCGUCUUCCCCUGCUUCGGGCCACCAAGUCACCCCGACCACCUGCGCCUCCCCCAGCAUGGAUUCGCGCGGUCCUCGAAGUGGACCUUCGACCACAUUGUCAUGGACAACGAUGCCGGGGUCUCCGUGAGACUUCGCCUUGACCCGACUCCAGAGAUAAAGCGGGUGUUUGACAAGCCCUUCUCCCUGGCUUAUGUCGUUACUUUGGCAGAACACCAACUCAGCACCGACUUGCACGUUACAAACACGUCGACCCAGCCUUGGGAAUUCCAAGCACUUUUCCACAACUAUAUACGCGCUCCUGCAGAUGAAGUCACGAUCUCUCCUCUCAGUGCCUUGUCAUACUACGACAAGACAGAGUCCUCGGAGGAGGCCAGGAAAACGCCGAAAGUGGAGCAGCGUUACGAGGUCGACGUGAAAAAGACAACCGACUCGGUGUACGAGGCUGCUCCUGGAAAGUACAAGCUGGCAUGGCCUGGCGGUGGAUUGGACAUCCGUACAACGAACCUCAAGGAUGUGGUUGUCUGGAACCCACAGGAGACGGGCAGCAGCAUGUCCGAUAUGGAGGAUGGAGGAUGGAAGCGAUACGUCUGCGUCGAGCCGGGCCAUGUCCGUGGCUUCGUUCAGCUCGACGGUGAGAAGACUUGGGUGGGUCAGCAAGUCCUCGAACCGAAGCUGUAGAUGGCCAUGCAAUCAUCAAAUCGAAGUUAGGCCAAAUGUAUUAUACGCGGCUGCUCUCUGUGUUCUUGUAGCGCAUAUCCAGUUGCUUGUGUUCAGUGACACUCUC